AUGUUGCGGGUGCAGAUGAUGGCUACUGGCCAGGAGGUGGCUUGCCUGUCGGAGGAGGAGUUCCUGUGCGUUACCGGCGACACUGCUACGGGCCACGUGCGCGCCCUGAAGCUCCGUCUCCAAGGGCUCUGUGGGCAACCCCGGUUUCGACAACGGCUCCUGCAAGAAGACGGGCGAAUUUUGCCUGAAGAGGCGGUUCUGGAAACACCUUGCCUGCUGCACCUGGUAAUCUUGGACUUUGCUGAAACCUCAGGCGAUCAUAUUGACAGGCUGAUCUAUGCAGUGCUAGACGACGACGCAACACAACUAGAAGCAAUCUUGCAGCGACCCCAAGAUCCAAACCGAACGGCGCAACACAACAUGACAGCCUUACAUGUUGCAGCUAGGUCUGGCAGGGAAGUCGCCACAGGGCUGCUGCUCGAAGCUGGUGCGGGAACCGACCAAACUGAUGACGAUGGAGACACACCACUGUUCAUGGCAGCUCAGCAUGACCACUUGGAAGUGGCGCGCUUGUUGCUGGGGUUUGGAGCCGAAAAGGACCUGGUCAACGCAGAUGGAGCCACGCCUCUUUUCCUCGCAGCUCAGCACGGCCACUUGGAAGUGGCGCGCUUGUUGCUGCAAUUCGGUGCGGACAAGGACCUGGCCAUACCAAGUCGAGCCACGCCGCUUUUCGUCGCAGCUGGGAACGGCCACUUGGAAGUAGCACGUUUGUUGCUGGAGCUUGGUGCGGACAAGGACCUGACCACAGCAAAUCGAGCCACGCCGCUUUUCAUGGCAGCUCAGAACGGCCACUUGGAAGUGGCACGUUUGUUGCUUGAAUUUGGUGCGGACAAGGACUUGGCCGCUGCAACCGGAGCCACGCCUCUCUUCAUCGCAGUCGGGAACGGCCACUUGGAAGUGGCACGUUUGUUGCUGGAGUUUGGAGCGGACAAGGACCUGGCCGCAGCAACCGGAGACACGCCACUUUACGUCGCAGCUCAGAACGGCCACUUGGAAGUGGCGCGCUUGUUGCUAGAGCUUGGUGCGAACAAAGACCUGGCCAACGCAGAUGGAACCACGCCACUUGUCAUCGCAGCUCAGAGCGGCCACAUGGAAGUGGCACGUUUGUUGCAAGAACUGUAA